AUGUCACUUGAAAGAGUUCAGGUUGAUCUAUGAAAAAUCCCAAAACAAAUUGUAGAAUCCCUAGUUGUACCUACUGAAAGCAAAUACUUAAUAAGCUUUAUUGACCAGUUUUCAAAGUAUAUAAAACUCUAUAAAAUAGCAAAUAAAAAGGCAGUUACAACAGCACAACAACUAGAAAAAUAUAUCACGACAUGCAAAAAACCCCGCAAAUCAUUUAAACAGAUAAUGGAACAGAGUUUAAGGGUGAAUUUGAAAACUUGAUAA